UUCUGAAAAUGGGCGAUUUUGGCGAGUGGUAUCGGUCAAUACCACUAAUUACUAGAUAUUGGUUUACUGGAGCAACAGUUAUUCCUUUAAUGGGGCGUUUUGGAUUAUUUAGUCCGUAUUUGAUGUUGCUGGACUUUGAAUUAUUUUUCUACAAAUUUCAGACCGAUAACUGCACUAUUCUAUUACCCAGUUACUCCACAAACAGGAUUUCAUUGGCUUUUGAUGUGUUAUUUUCUUUACAAUUACUCAAAAGAUACGGAAACUUCAGUUUAUGAUGGAAGGCCUGCAGACUAUUUAUUUAUGUUAAUAUUUAAUUGGAUUUGCUGUGUGAUAAUCUGUUUUGUCUCUGAAAUUUAUUUUUUAUUGGAACCAAUGGUUUUGAGUGUACUCUAUGUUUGGUGUCAAUUUAAUAAAGACCGAACAGUUUCUUUUUGGUUUGGAAUGCAAUUUAAGGCUGUUUAUUUGCCUUGGGUUCUUGUAGCUUUUAAUAUGGUUCUUAGAGGGGGAGGAAUUAAUGAACUUAUUGGAAUUCUUGUUGGUCAUACUUAUUACUUUCUUGCCUUUCAAUAUGCUUUGGAUUAUGGGGGUUCUGUGAUUAUUAAGACACCACAAUUUUUAUACAAUUAUCUUCCAAAUCGGGUUGGUGGAUUUGCUGGUUUUGGAAGCGUUCCACAAAGCAGAACCGCAACAAAUCGUGGAGGAGCAACAGGCGGUGGAGGUCAUAAUUGGGGUACAGGACGAGAACUUGGAGGAGAACAACGAUAA